UUCUAACGAUAGAAGUUGUGAAGAAUGUCUGGAUCUAGUAAAGAAUCAACGACCCAGUCUAAAAACUAUCUACAGAAAUUUAGUAAUGUUAUAACAGGAUUCUUGGAGAUUACAUUUUACAGAAUUGGUAAAACUGUUGGUGCCAGUCCUUGGGUGACGUUAGGUAUUACUUUAAUUGUAUGUGGUGCUUGUCUGGCUGGUUUACUCAGAUUCGAACAAGAGUUUAGAGGUGAAAAAUUGUGGGUACCACAAGACUCGCAAGCUCAAGAUGACAAGAAAUGGGUCGAACGAGAGUUUCCUGAAGAAUCUGCUCCAGUUCAUUUUAUUUAUGAACAAUCUAAUGUCCUUACUGUUGACGUCAUUCGCAAGAUGUUGGAAAUACAUCAAGACGUCGUCAACAUCACUAUAACAUUUGAAAAUAAAAAACUGCAAUGGAAAGACAUUUGCUUCAAAAAGGGAGAUAAGUGCUCUCUACGAUCGAUCUUGGAAUUGUGGGAUUUUAAUGAGACCAAAAUAAUGUCAUUAACUGAACAGCAAAUUCGAAAUGAUAUAACAAACAGAGGACCUUUUAGUCCAUAUUCUGGAAGUCCGUUCAAUCUUGAACAAGUUCUAGCCGAUAUUCAGAAAAACCCAGACGGAAGUAUUAAAAGUGCAGGAUUUGUGAAAACUUCUUUUUUUUAUGAACGACUUCCUGCUUUGGUUGAUCCUGAGGAUAAUGUUGAUCCACGUGGUAAAAAAUGGGAAGAAGAAUUUCAAAGAAUUAUGGAGAAAUAUAACAUUAAACUGUAUACGACUAGAAAAAAAUUUGCCGAAAUAUCUUCUGACGCCAUUAAUAGCGACAUCAUUUUACUUUCAAGUGGAUAUCUAAUUAUACUUGCUUACGUCAUUAUAAUUUUGGGGAAAUUCACACGACUUGAGAUCAAGGCAUGGCUUGCUCUUGGUGGAAUAGUUAGUGUUGGACUGUCAGUUGGUGUAUCCAUUGCUCUCUGUAGUGCUUUUGGUUUAUUUUAUGGUCCUGCUCAUACAACAUUACCUUUUCUUCUUCUUGGUAUUGGAGUAGAUGAUCUGUUUGUUAUUGUACAAUCUUGGUCCAACAUUCACCCGGAUAUUCAUAAGACAAAUUCAGUUGCGGAAAGAAUUGGUUUAACUUUAAAACAUGCUGGAGUAUCAAUCACUAUUACAACAUUUACGGAUCUUAUGGCUUUUCUCAUUGGAGCAACAACGAUAAUUCCUGGUCUUCGAUCAUUUUGUUUCUACGCUGCAGUUGGAAUUUUUUGUGACUAUGUGCUGCAAAUCACCUUCUUUGUGGCCUGUUUAUCUCUUGAUGCUCGAAGAUCAAGUCUCAAAAGUGGCAGAAGUCGUGAUGGUUGUUGUUUUUGUAUAAUUUUACCUGAGGAUUAUAAACCAAAUGAAUGUGGACAGAAAAGUUAUUUACAAAUGUUUUAUGAAAAGAUUGUUGGACCAGGGAUUGUCAAGUUACCUGUGAAGAUCAUUAUACUAGUAAUUGCUGCUGCACUCCUUGGUGGAAAUAUUUAUGGUUCACUGCAAUUAGAACAGCAAUUUGAGUCCAAAUGGUUUCUUCCUACUGGAACAAUUGUCAGAGAUUACAUGGACCUUAAUGAAGAGAAAUUUGUGCAAGGUGGUGAACCGAUAGCAUUUUAUACUGGAGAGAUUGAUUAUUUCAAAGAUCAAAUAAAGUUGCAUACACUAAAUAACAAUAUACAGAGUGAAAAACAAUACUUGGCAUCAAACACCGUUGAAAAUUGGUUUGAACAUUACAUUAAUUGGUUAAAUACGACAAACUCUACGUUUCUAAACACUACAAAUGAUUUAGAAUUGAGAGUCAAGAAUGAAAAUGUCUUCUACGAAAAACUGCGAGAAUAUCUUCAAGGUGACGGAAGUCGUUUUCGUGACGACAUUCAUUGGAAAAACAACACUAACACUAUAAAGGCAACUCGAAUACGUGCAUUUCUAAGAAUUCUUAGAAAAACGCAAGAUCAAGUGAAAGCAAUGGAUAAGUUUCGAAGUUUGAUAGAAGGAAUUGGUUUCAAAGAAAACCCCAUUGUCUAUAAUCGAGUGAUUUUGUUUGCUGAGGGAAACAAGGUCAUUUCUGAAGAACUAUUUCGAAAUAUACUUCUGGCUUUGGCAGUUGUUUUUGUUGUCACCAUGGUGAUUAUUGCAAGCCCAGUGACGUCAGUGUUGGUGUUUGUAUGUGUUGUUUUAACAGUGGUUGAUGUUGCUGGACUGAUGUACUUUUGGGAUUUAACGAUUGACACAGUUUCAACUAUUGUGCUUAUCAUUGCUAUUGGUUUAUCUGUGGAUUACGCAUCUCAUGUUGGACACACAUUUUUGGUAAAAUCUGGUACAAGAAAAGAAAGAACAAUUAAGAUGUACCGCGAUAUCGGUCCAGCAGUAUGGAAUGGUGGUUUUAGUACAUUUUUAGCAAUUGUCCCAUUGGCUACAUCAAAAUCUCACGUAUUUAUGACGUUUUUCAGGAUAUUGUUUGGUGUUGUUUUAUUUGGUAUUUUCCAUGGACUUUUUUUCCUUCCGACCAUUUUAUCCAUUCUUGGUCCUCGUCCUUAUGAUUCAGCUAAAGAAAUCGAAAGUUCUUCCUCAUCUGGACAUGUUUCACCGAAGAACAAGAAAAAUGAAAACACUCCUAGCGUUCCUUCACAAACAAAUCAAGGAGUUCAGGUUGAAGAUGAUGCUUCCAAUGGUCAUCCUUUAAAACAAAAAAAUGCUCUCGAACAAAAUAAUGCACCGGUUCCAGUCGUUGAAAUGUAUUUUUAGGCAUGCUUUAUAUUUAUUGCACAUUAUAAAGAUUAAAAGCAUUUAUUAAAUUGUAUUACUGCUUAAAUUGCAGCUAUUGUACAUAAUUAUCAUUUAUAGACACAUACCAACAGGUCUAACCCUUUUCUAGUAAAAUAUCUUCAUCACAAACGCAA